UAUGGUUAUCAGCUUAUCGCGUUUAGACCAAUCAAGUCGUGUUAACCCGAAUUGGCUUUACUGGAGGAAGGUGGGGCAUGGCUCCCAAUGCUAAAAGGCCAUUGGGCAGUUUUCUAAAAGCAGCAAACAAACCAACUCAUUUCGCAGAGUGCCUGGAGAUGUAUGGACUCAGGGGUUUUCCCAUUGUGACAGCAAUAUGAUAUCAAUUGAUAGAUUCUUAAUGAAUGCAGUUUGAUGUUUUUCAUUGUGCCCAGCGAGAAGCUUAGACCUCUGAGCAGCAGGCUGUAUCAACCUCUUUCUACAACUGGCGGGGGCUGAAACUCAAUUCGUCACAAUCAACUCGUUCUCAAUGCUCAGCACCACCAAAGCAGAAACAAAAAGCACUUCUCAAAGGAACUCGGAACUCGGAACUCCUCCGAAAACAAAAACAAAAAUGGGGAUUUCGGAACUCCUUUUUGAGAAGAGUACGCGCGCGGCCUUAUAUAAGCCGCUGAACUACGUGCGCUAAACGACUUACACGUUAGGCGAAUUUGCUAGGUGCCCCACAAACUUCGUGUAGACUCGAUGCCAAGACUGUUUUAUCUUCUCAGCCUCUUCAAAAUAAACAUAACAAUAAAAAAUAAAUUAACUUUUCUCCAUAUCUGGCUUUGUCAGGUAAUAGUAUGUUUUACUAAAUUUAAACACUGAAACCCAAACAGACCUCAUCUCCAUGUCCACCUGGCUGC